CCGCCCACCAUGCCAGACACAAACACAAGCUUGCCAAUGGGGCGCUUGGAGCCAACUUACCUACACAGAGUGUAGCGUCACUUGUGGUAAUGGAUACAAAGGAUUCAUCAGAACACGCCAAAAGAACUACGCCGUUGCCUCUGGUAGCUGUGAUGGUGAUAGUGUUGAUAGAACUCAAGCACCUACUCCAUGUGUGCGCUCGCCAUGUCAGCAAGCUUGCAACGUAUGGGGCGAGUGGACGCAAUGGAACUAUGGAACAUGCCAACAAACCAAUGUCCUUAACACGCAGCUGCAAGGUCAACAACUCUCCCAGCCAUGUGCUGUCUAUGGCAUAAGAGCAUGUAAUAGGACAAGAUCGUGUAGUCCAUGCCCUGGUCAAUUACAGUGUAUUGGACAAUCUAUCCAACAAAAAACCGAACAAUGUUGCAAAACACAGGUGCAACAAUAUUGUGCUUGGAGUCAAUGGGCAGUUGUGAACCGUGGCUCUUGCAGUAAGACAUGCGGAAUCGGUACUCGAACUGUGUUACGUCAGAGAUCAAAACAAUACAGCGCAACUUUUGCCGGAUCAAUCACCUGUGACGGGGUUGCCAAUGAUAACAUCCUGGAAGUGUGCAACGUGAACCCAUGUGGAGGAAAUGCAGACUGCCAGUGGGGCCCAUGGACAACAAUUUCUCAGGGAGUCUGCGGGAAAUCAUGCGGAUCUGGAACCCGACAAGAUAGCCAAACAAGGACCCGUAAUUACCUUGGUACUGCUACCGGCAUCAGAAGAUGUGAUGGCCCAGACAGUCAGUUGAAAUUGGUCAUAUGCAACACACAGGCAUGCGGAGCUGGCGGAGAUUGUAUCUGGAGUUCAUGGUCUAACUCUUAUUCUGGCAUCUGCGACAAGACAUGCGGUACAGGAAGUAAACAAGUCCUUAAAGUGAGAAGCCGCACAUAUUUUGGUGGAACCGGAACUCUUCAGUGCGUUGGAGAUUCUCAGAAGGUGUCACUUGAACAGUGUAAUACAAAUCCAUGUGGAAAUUCUGGUUCCCAAGACUGUUAUUGGACUCCAUGGACUGCUGCCACAAAGGGAGUUUGCUCCAAAUCAUGCGGAAGUGGACAGCGAACCUCAACCCGAACAAGAAAUAAGAUUUAUAUUGGAACCAACAGUGGAAUUCUCAGGUGUGAUGGUCUCUCAUCUGAGUCUACUUUAGAAGCAUGCAGCACCCAACAGUGUGGAAUUGGAGGAGGUUGUAAAUGGAGUGUCUGGGGUGUUGCAUCCGAGGGAGCAUGUAGUGCUACAUGUGGAACUGGGUUCAAGGAAGUGAGACGCACAAGGGCUCACAUCUACACAGGUGUUAACGACGGAUCAAGAUGCGAUGGAUCAUCAACCUCAAACACAUUUGCGCCUUGUUACAUUCGCCCUUGUCCGGGUAGCGAUGGGUCUUGUACAACUGUAUACAAAGAAUGGAGUGAAUGGUCUUAUGGCCCAUGUUUGGGAUCGGUGGGACCAACUGGAGCUUGUACAACAAACGGACUCAGACUUUGUAAGCGUACCCGGGUCUGUCCAAAUUGUCCAACAAACCCAUUACUUCCAGGAAAUUGUGGAACAGAACUAGCAACAGAUGAGAAGUCUGUCGCUUGCUGCGGAACAACGAUGUACUGUAAGUGGAGUGACUGGCAAGUGCUCUCCUCGGGAGUAUGCAGCAAAACUUGCGGAAGUGGAACCCAAACUACCGUCCGUUACAGGACUAAAAUCUCCGUUGGACCAAGUGCCCCUGGCGCUUCAUUGACUUGUGUUGGUCCUGCCAUUGACAACCAGGCAACCCCUUGCAAUACCCGACCCUGCGGCGGUGGAACCGUUGGUGACUGCCAAUGGAGUCAAUGGAUCAGCUCACCAGUAGGAUCAUGUAGCGCAUCGUGUGGAGUUGGUACACGACAGACGGUACAGAAUAGGUACAGAACAUACCCCGGGACGGGAACUGGCAGUAUCCAAUGCUUUGGUUUGUCAACUAGGAACAGCCUUGAAGUAUGCAAUACGAACUCUUGUGAUGGAGGAGAUUGCCAAUGGAGUCAGUGGGGUCAAUGGACUGUUGGACAAUGUACCAGAUCAUGUGGGUCUGGAACCAGAACGAAGACACGAACCAGGAAUCAACUAUUCCAAACGAUUAGCUUUGUUGCAUGUACAAGCAGCCCUAUUGAGUCUAUAGUCGAGGCUUGCAACACACAACAAUGCAUACCGGAUUGUCAAUGGACUGAGUGGUCCGAAACUAGUGCUACCCAGUGUACAAAAUCAUGCGGAACUGGACAGAAUCUCAAAACACUUACAAGACAAAAACGGUACAUUAACAGCUAUUCGGGUGUCCUGAAAUGUGAUGGACCAUCACAAAACCAAACCAUCGGCCUGUGUAACACUAAUCCAUGCUUUAAUCCCUGCCAGGCAAGUUAUGGCCAAUGGACAUCGUGGGCCUACGGACAAUGUGUAGGUUCUAUAGGAACGACAGGAUCUUGCGUUAGAAAUGGAACACAACAAUGUACGAGAACACGCUCCUGUCCAACUUGCCCAACUAACGCUGCUUUACCAGGCUUUUGUUUUGGGGCUUCUACUGAAGUGAAGGCCGUCUCAUGUUGCGGAACCCAACAAUAUUGUAAAUGGAGCGACUGGCAGACACAAAACACAGGCACGUGUAGCAAAACAUGUGGUGGUGGGCAACAGGCUGUUUUCUAUACAAGAACGAAAAUCUCAGUUGCUUUCGGACAAGGUGGCUCUCUAACAUGCGAAGGGGAACCCUACAUAUUUACUUCAAUUAGCUGCAACACACAACCAUGUGGAGUUUUAGACGGAAAUGACUGUACCUGGACACCAUGGAACGUAAUCCAACAGGGCGCAUGUAGUGUCACUUGUGGAACAGGAGUAAGACAAAGCAUACGUCAGAGAUACUAUGAGUAUUCGGUUGGAACCGGACAGAAACAGUGUAUUGGCUCAUCCCUACAGUCUAGUUAUGCUGAAAUUUGCAACACACAGUCGUGUUCCGGAACUGGAGAUUGCCGGUGGACUCAGUGGUCAUCUUGGACUGCGAAUGGACAAUGCAGUAAAACAUGUGGAAGUGGAGUCUUGACUAAAUACCGAACAAGGACACAACUUUUCCAAACCGUUGGAUUGGUGGCUUGUACCGAAAGUCCCGUUGAGACUAAAGUCGAAUCUUGUAACACCCAGACAUGCGUCCCGCAGACAGCAUGUAAUGAGUGGCAGCAGUGGACUACAUGGCAAUACCUAGAGUGCCUGGGCUCCGUCGUAAUAAAUGGCCUCUGUGUUCAACAGGGAGAUCAAAAGUGCGUUAGACAAAGAUCAUGCACACCAUGUCCCCAGUUCCCACAAUGCUUUGGCCAUUCAUACGAGGAGAAGAGCAUCAAAUGUUGCCCUGGUUCCGGCAGUGGCGGCGGCGGUAGUGGCGGCGGCGGCGGCAGUGGCGGUGGAGGCGGCAGUGGAGGCGGCGGCGGCGGCCUUUUGUGCAAAUGGAGUGAAUGGUCUACGUACAGCUACUCACAAUGCAGCGCUACCUGUGGAAUUGGAUCUAGAGAGAAAACUCGCUAUAGGACGAGACAGUUUGGAGUUGUUGGCGGUGAGCCAACAUGUGAAGGCCCAAAUGUGGAGUCUUCACCUGAUAUUUGUAACACACAAAUUUGCAUAUCACAGGUGUGUGGCACAUGGGGAGAUUGGACAACAUGGAAAUUCGGGGAAUGUCAGAACUCCAUCGUUAACACAUUCAGUAACACGCCACCUUGUCUGCAACUGGGCAACAGAACGUGCGAGAGAACAAGGACGUGUCUACCGUGUCCACAGUUCGGCAAACGAAGUGUGCAUCUCACGAAAAGGAGCCCAACAUUCCCAGGACAAUGCAUAGGUGCUAGUAUGGAGGUGAAGACCGAUCUCUGCUGCAGCGUAAAUACAGGUGCGGGAACUUGGAACCAAUGGACGGCAUGGGUAUGCGCACCAGAUUGCGCACCAAUGGGAAUCGGAAAACGUGAUCCAAACUGCUUGGUGAUGGGUACUAAAGCCUGUGUACGAGUACGUACUUGUGCUGCUCCUGGUAUCAAUGGACAGGAUUGUGAAGGUCACACAAUUGAGAAGAAAACCGAAUCGUGUUGCAGACAAUACGCUACGACUGUUACAACAACACCGGCCACAACUGAAACCCCAUGUAAUAAAAUCUGGCAACCAUGGACAUCAUGGUCAUGUCCAUCUGAGUGCGCCGAAACUAUCUUUAAGACAGCAGACAGAAGAAAGCGUGACUUGGUCAUCUGUGCUGGUGAGUACGGCACCAAGGUGUGCUCACGAAACAGAGUAUGUCCUCCUUGCGUGAUAAACGGUGUACCAACUGCUGCCGCAUGUGAAGGAAAUGCUGUUGAUGAAAGAGUGGAACUUUGCUGCAGACCACCAACGACGACUGGUCCACCAACGACGACCGGUCCACCAACAACACCUGGUCCAACAGCGACACCUGGUCCAACAACGACACCUGGUCCAACAACGACACCUGGUCCAACAGUGCCGACUACCACUCAAGCCCCGACAACAACAACCCAAAAUCCUUGUACAAUAUGGCAGCCAUGGGUGGAACAAACAUGUACGCAAUGUCUACCUUUUAUUGGAAGUGCAACAACAACAAAUAGUCCAACAACAACUGGAUCAGGAACUACUCAAUCCACAUGCGACGGUGGUUUCAUUCUGUGUAAAUGGGACCGUAUAUGUCAACCGUGUGUUGACGCAUUUAACAACAUUAUUCCAGGAAGUUGCACAGGUGUAAGUGAGGAAAUACGGGCAACACUUUGCUGCUUAGACUAGAUUGGCAAAAAGUCAUGAAAGUGGUGUUGGAAGAAACGUCUGGUGGUAUCUUCAUUGAAUCACCGAUAUAACAAUUAUAUAUCUUGUCAUUACGAAAUAUUCUUAAUAAAUAAAUAAUAUAGUAUAGAAAAAUAAAGAUUUGUUAUCGCUUUUUUAAUUUUUCGCAGACGUAAAAUAAAAUCAAUCGACGAUGAUUUCCUUGUACUUUGAAUGAACGGAUGUAAUGAAUCUUGAUAUUGGAGAUCUCAAACUAUUUUGAUGAUGCUUUUGUCAUUAGUGUUAACUUAAUAAGUGAAUUAAAUAUUAUACAAUGUCAUUUUUCAUAAUAUACAGGGUGUCAAAUAAGUCCCCCCGCCUGCUACAGCUAAAACCUGAAAAUAAUCAAUAGUUACAUUAACUCAUCAACUCUGGCUGGUAUUUUGAAUGAAAGGUUGGGUUAGUGAAUGGAACAUGAUGACUGGAAGGAUCUCGACUUAACAAAUAUUGAAAAAUGUGAAGUCAGAAAAGCCAGACCAAUCACAUAAUAAAUAUUUAAACCUUAAUAUGGGGUGUUCCAUAUGUUUCAGGAAUGAUGCUGUGUUUUAUUGGUUUUUUCAAUUUAACUGAAU